CGAAACUGCAAACUCCUAGGCGCAAUAAUCGUGGAGUGGUUUAAUAAAAUAAUGAGAGAACGUCCGACUUUUUUUCCGAACGUCACACUCGAUCGAGACUCUCUUUUCCGGAUAAUAAUGAUGCACGGAGUUGUUUGCGGUCGUUGUUUAUCUUGUGAUAAUCUGCUGGCGCUUCUCACAUCGCGCGUGACAAUUAAAUGCUACAGCUGUUAAUGAAGUAUCGCCCGAUGCAUAACGCAAACCGAAUACGCACUUUCACGUUUCUUUCGACGAAGCGCAUGCUUGCGCUCGCCGCUCCAAACUGCCUGACGAUACAAAACCAGUUGGAAUUCCAGUUGCAAAUGUCAUCCUGGCUAUCAUACUAACGUGCAAAGGUCGACCAGUCCUUAUUUCUCCUGCGCCCGGCGAGAAAUACCUCAUCGGAGAGCGAGACUGAAAAAUUCAACUUCGGGAUGCAGAACUGGCGCGAAUGUGGCCGUUUAAUUUAAUCAUCGCGCCGAAUCAUCGUCAGCGCCUAUAAUCGUCAGCGGCUGGUGAUUAUCGCAAACUGCGGUCGCCCGUGCGCGUGCUCGAUUUAACGUCGAAAAUUCUUCGAUAGUGCUAUCAACGCUCGACGGAUUUUUCGACGAUGAAACUGGAGCUGCACGCUUAAACUCGAAAAGGAUUACACCGGGAAUGCAUUUUUCCUGGAUGCAUCGUGCGUGACUCUGUUUUUUAUUUCUCUCUUUUUUUUUCUUUUUUUUCUUUUUUUGAAAAACUAACGGCAGGUAGAACGCGCGCGACGGUGACACGCUGUUCAUAAAUCGACGUACCGCGCGCGGUGUAAAGCAAAAACGCAGCGACAAUCGCGUCGUGCGCACAGUGGCGUUGUGUGAAUUAAAAAAUAGUUACCUCGAACGUGUCCAAUGUACUGUUGAAAAUACGCAACCGGUGCCGACCAGAUGGGAAGUGAUGUAUACUUAUUAUGGCAGAAACGUUCUCGAAGAGAUCCGUCGCAGCUAAGUACAUGGGUUCGUUUCCUGUGGCGAUUCCCGACAUUGCCAGCCGCGCGGAAUUUGUGCGCUCCCAACUGGAGAUCCUCAAAUACAGCGAUCGAUUCACGCCCGUUCUCCUGAUAGUCUCGCUCGCGGGGAUUAAAGUAUGCAGUCCAGAUGGAAAAUGCGUGCAAAUGGCGCACGCGUUAAGACGCAUCUCUUACGCAACUUGUGAGCCGCAGCAUGCCCAAUUCAGCUUUCUAGCGCGGGAACCCAGGGCCCACUUUAGCCUACAGUACUGUCAUUCCUUCAUCACCGAGUCUGCAGAACAGGCGGAGGAGCUGAAUACCAUCGUUGGCAAUGCUUUCCGCAUGGCGUACGUGGCGCAGCUUCAGCGCCAGCCGAUCCUCCAGGAUGUAAUCUCACCGCGAUCGACGCCGACUUAUCGCAAGGACAAGCAGGAGCAGCGAACGUCGUGGAACAAAUCGCUGGCCGGGGACGACACGAUCGCCGGAGGCGCUUGCAGGAGUCCGUCGUCCAACUCGUGGCUGAAAAGUCGGACAUCGCCCACCUCCAGGACUGGAAGGGGUUCGUCCGCAACGGACAUGAACGUGCAGCUCGGCAGCGCCGGCUCGCCCACGCUGCGACUCGCCAGCGUAAAGGCGCCGAAUUCGAUACCCGGCCUGCGGCCGUCGUUCACGAACGUCCUCGGGCCUAUAACGAACGAGGACGAGUCGAAGAGCAUUUCCCAGCAGAGCACACCGAGCAGCGAUGAGAGCAACUCGCCGACGGAGUUAAACUCGUACAAGAGGCUAACGGACAAGCCGCCGCUGAUAAAGCGGCUGGCGAUGGGUUUGACAGGUGGACGCGACGUUCUUGGGCUGAACGGUGAGGAUGACAGCUGCCCGCUCGUCAGCGGUAGCAGCACGCCGACCAGCCCAUCGAACAGGCCCCAUUCCGGGGGCUACAUAAACGAGGCGAUCAUCGACUCGGAGGGUACGAGGCCGUCAUACAACAAGAUCCCGCCGUCCGAGAGUCUCGACAACACCAUCAACGCGUCCAUCACCGCGAAGAACUUCAACAUCGAGAACAACAGCUCCUUCAUUUUCAGGAUAGGACACAAUUGCCCCGGUUCGGGGACCGAGGCGGAUUUCAAGUCAAAAAGAAGAUCGCAAAUUAGCACGUCGAGUAGCUCGGUGCCCGCUGACGGAAGCACUCAUGGCUCCACGCCAACCCCGCCGCCUUUGCCCGAGAGAACAGACAGCCUGAAUAAUCGAAGCGAGGAGGCCGAGCUGCGCAAAGCGCCCUGGUUUCAGGCCGGAAUACCCAGAGAAAUAACGCUGGAGGUAUUGAGCCAGGAGCCGGAGGGAGCGUUCAUGGUGCGAGAGAGCACCAGCAAGCCCGGAUGUUACGCCCUCUCUCUCCGUGUGCCUCGUGAAUUCCAGCCGAGCGGAAUAGCCCAUUAUCUUAUAAUGCGUACAAACAAAGGUUACAAAAUCAAAGGCUUCACGAAGGAGUUCACCACGCUCACCGCUCUGAUCACUCACCACUCGGUGAUGCCGGAAUUACUGCCGUGCCCGUUAUCGCUAAGCCGAUAUAAUCCGAGCUUCGUCAAGACCGAUUCCAGCAAGGACUUCGCGGACAUUGAUUCGGACCCCGAUUACAACACCCUAGCGGAUUUUCGCAAAAUGAUGGCCGACCUGAACGUUUAGGGUGAUCCGCUGGAGCAGCGUGUGCGCCCUCGCCCGGCCUCCUUCUACCCCUCCCGAAAGGGGGAGAGAGGGGGAAAUGAGUUUCAAAGACUUUCGUGCUCGUCUUGCGAAAUUGUGGUUGUUCUCACCGAUCCUCAACGUGCCGAUGCCGAUGAAGAAGAAGAAGAAGAAGAAGAAGAAGAAGACGCGAGGCACCGUUCGAUGUACACGUACCUGGAUCGACUUCGUGCCAUUGAUCGUGAAGAGCCCGCAACGUUAUUCGCAUUUUGUCGCCCACGAAGAGAGAUCUCGCGGCGGAGUGAUGGGCAUCGGCGCAACGGGCUACUAUAUACAUCGCAUUUAGGCGACAGCUAGUUAUCAAGUCUAUGUUCCGGGAAGACUCGCACACACACACACACACACACACAUACACACAGCCACACACGGUGAUAUAUACUCGUAAGUCAUUAAUAAACGAUAAGGGACGUAGCGUAUAGGUAAUUUAAUGUUUGUUAGUGUGUACGACGACGCGACCCCCCGGAUAGCGAUGUCGAGGGUGAGACGAAUCUUUUGUAUUGCAGCACACCUAGCGAAGUUAGGUUAAAGCUUGUUGCAGCGAAGAAGAGUAGGAACGAAACGCGCGCGCGCGCGCGGCUCGAGACGAUUCAGCGAAUGGAUUCGGAUAAAUUAUUUUCGCGAGGUGAACGGCCAUGGCGUUGAGGCGUGUUCGUCAGAGAUCAUUAUCGUUCUGCGAGUUUCUCCGCGUCAGACGAAGAGGGCCUCGAGGUGAAGCGAGUUUCGUUAUCGUUUGGAUCGCUCUCGAUAGUAUGCAACGAAGCCAUUGUUAUAAAGUGCACGAUAUUAGGUUGAAUUGAGGGAAGAAAUGGGAAUUAUACAACGCUCAGUUAUGCAGGAAGACGCGGUCUUGAGCUUGGAAGAAAUCUUAGCUUGAUCUGCGGAUCAACUCGUGGUUAAGAACACACUCGUCUGAAUCACAGAUAUCUCACAAUAGAGAGACACGUCCUCUCGAGGGCUUAAGAUUUCGGAUGUACGGCAGAUGUGUGUUUCUUCAGCCGGAAAAGUCGCUACUUCACUCUCGAGAUGUUGUCAACUUUCUCAACUACAUCGAGACGUUUUUUCAUCUGCUUCCUCGACUGCAGCUUCGAGGAAUCGUAUCCGCAGGCGAUCCGCACGCGAGUGAAAAGUUUUGCUCGACUGAGGAGAUAAUCUCCUCAUUUUGUAAAACGUAGUUAAAAAUUUGUUACCAUCGUAAUAACUGAACUCUAACGCGACCUCCGGUCGCACCGCAACCGGGAAACGGGAAAACGUCGUAUAUAACGACGAAGAUUGUAAAGAAACAGACGAAGGUAAUACACCUACUCCCGCGCGUGCGCACACGCGCGUUUGGACUUCAUAAUUAAUCAAACGAGAUAUAUCUCUCGAGAGACUGCGAGAGAUACUGCGAUGAUCGUCACAUAUUUUCUGUACUUUGAAGUGAAGACUCAGCCACACGAGAGCCGAGCCCGCUUAAAAGUGUUCGAGCUUGGGAGCAAAAUCAACGUUAUAAUUAACUCAUUAUCGAGCCUCUGAUACGUCGAACUCGCGAACUCUUCCGUUAUCGCGACAUCAAUGGUAUAUCGUAACCAGAGACUAAAAACGAAACAACCGGCAUUGAAUAAAAUUUUGAUAAAAUUGUAAAAUUGGCCUUUCCACUCGAGAUCAAAAUACGAAGUAAGUAAUUGUAGAAAAUAUAUAGAGAAUAAAAUUACUUGGCUACAGUCUCAGAAGUGAACGUUACUUACUGAUAUAACAGAUUGAUGUAAACGCAAAUAAGACAUUACUGCAAGAUAGUUCAUUAGCUUGAGUAAAUACGAAAAUGCGUUUUUGAUACACAAAUAAUCCAACAAAACUACGUAAAUAAAAAGAUAUGCCGCUUUGUAUCCGGUAGAAACAAACCAAGUACUUUUCGUUUUUAGUCUCCAAUAACAUUAAUGUAAAUGUGUUUAUAUGUAUAUAAUAUAUAUAUAUAUAUAUAUAUAUAUGUAUAUAUGUAUAUAUAUAUAUAUAUGGAGCAUUCUCUCUGUCAAACGGACACCCCCGGCUACCCAAAAUUCAUUUUAACCAGAAAAUUCCGGAUAGGGCUUAAUUAAUUGUAGCUCAACAUGUCUACUUUUAUUUGCCGUGUGGCAAAUAAAUUAAAAAAAAUUUUCAAAUAUUCAGCAUGACUGACCAAAUAUGGCAGCGAAACGUAGGAGAAGCUGAAAAAAUUAGGUAUUUGUUAAAAUACAUAUCAAAACCAUAUGGUUAAAAAGUUCUUUUUGUGCUUGGGUUAUACGUUUAUACGUGUAUUUUUAUGAGCUACUUGAUAUUUUUGAGCAUUCAAAAUGGCGGCAAAAUCUACCAAAAACAGCGAGAAACUUGAAUUUCUCAAUCAAAAAGGUCUCUACUGGAUUGGAAUAAACUAUUUUUGUACUUAAACUGAGCCUGUAUGUGUGGGUAAGUCCUGUUCUAUUAGCAACCCGAUAUUUUCGAAAAUUCCAAAUGGCGGAUUCAAUAUGGCGGAUUUAAAACCGACGAGAAACUGCACAAGAAACUGAAUUUGUCAACGCAAAGAUUUGUAAAUAGUUUCAAAAAAGUAUUUUUCUGUGCCUAAACUAUGUCUUAGUAUGUCCACUUUUCUCCUCUAUGCAAUAUUAAUUUUGAAUUUCCUAAAGAAAGACUUUUAUCCCUUCAGUAGCGUUUGAAAACCUUUUAAUAAUCAUCUCUUGCUGUUGCGAAAUUUGAAAAGAAUGAUUUUUAAGUAUUUGCGGAACAGGCGACGCGGAUUCAAACCUUUUGUUGAACUUUCUUCUCAUCUUAUUAUGUUCAACUUCGCUGAAACAAAAAAUUUUGAUGUUUUUGAGUCUUGAUUCUUCGCCGAUUUAAAUAGUGCUUCAAACGAUAAAAUGGCUUCCGUUGGUUUCACAAUAAAACUGGCUUUGUAUUGGCUUGUACGCUUCUCUCUUAAAUGUCGCACCAAUACCAUCGUAAGCACUUUUUCCAUGAGCAGUCGCGCUAAAAUGUCACUCUGUUUCAAUACGUUUCUCGCUGUUUUUGGUAGGUUUUGCCGCCACUUUGAAUCAAUCAAAAAUAUCAAGUAGCUCACAAAAGUACACGUAUACAAACGUAUAAUUCAAGCACAAAAAGAACUUUUUAACCAUAUGUUUUUGACAUGUAUUUUAUGAAAUACUUAAUUUUUUCUUCUCCUACGUUUCGCCGCCAUAUUUGGUCAGCCAUGUUGAAUAUUUGAAAAGUGUCACACGGUAAAUAAAAGUAGACAUGUUGAGCUAUAAUUUAAGCCUUGUCCGAAAUCUUUUGGUUAAAAUGAAUUUCAGGCAGCGGGGGGUAUCCGUUUGACACAGAGAGAAUGCCCCAUAUAUAUAUAUAUAUAUAUAUAUAUAUAUUAUAAUUAUCCUAUAUGAUAUUUCCACACAUAUAUUUAAUUAGUAAACGUCAAAGAGGAUUAGUAAAAGGCACGAGAUCCUUAAAAUAUUACUAAGCCUAAGAGGACAUGGGAUUUCCUUAGGACUUGGACUCAACAAAGUGCGGAACUGCGGAACUGCGGGCGAUAAUUUAGUUUCUCAACUAUCCUAGUCUUGUACAGAAAUUUCGCGUAUACUUACGACGAUCGACGAUCGAUUACGAUUACGCGUACGUAUUUGCACGAUUCACCGGCGGCCAAAGCCGAAGUCGCGGUGACAUUUUCUUACACGCCGAAAGAUAAAUUUCUGAGAACAGAUGUCAGGUAUUAUCGAUUUCUUUGAGUUGCAACGAUCGUACAGAUUAAGUCGAAAUCGAACAACUGUCAGCAUAUCUUUCAUAGAACGACGCACAAGAGACUCAUCAUUCACUGCGAAAGAUAUUCGUAAGCGAGAAACGAAGCCGGCAGAAUUUUGGUGACGUUAGAUCUAAAUGUUAAUGAAUAUGCGCGAUGAUUGAUGACGUGGACACGGCAAUUGACAAGAUACAUUCCAUACAUCUCCGAUAUCGGACAUGAAAAAUCUUCAAGCUCUAAAGUGACGACGGUUUCGAUUCUUGUACGGAAAGAUGAAAAAGUGAACCGAUAAUAAUCAUAGAUUCGUUCGAACACAAGACUCGUAUUCACGAUAUAACAUCUGGUGGCGCAUUGUGUCGAAAGAAACAUCCCGAGAUACGUAUGUUGCAUCAAAAUCGUAUGUAUGAUAUGUAUAAUAGAUUUGUGCAAAUAUGCAUCUCUAUGAUUUUCUGCUCGCACGGUGUAACGCUUCAACAACGAUGCGAGUUACUAAAUCGCUACGAUAAUGGAAAACGAAAAUGAAUCUCAAAAGUCUACGAGUCUACUCGAACAGUUUUCUGAACACACAGCCAUACGACAAUUACAUGGAGAAAUAAUGUGUCUUAAGUCUGUUGAUCUUACACGACCCAGAGGGUCGUGCGAGAGAAUUUUAAUAAGCUUUUUGGAAUACGAAAAUACAAAAUGACGAGAGACAAGAGAGCGCGACGGAAAGCGUUUGUAUCGCGAAACUGAUUAAUGCGUGCUAAGGUAACACACAAGCAACGCAGCAUAAUUAACUGUUGUAAGGUACGCUACGCAUGACAUUAAUCACUGCUUGAGGUUUGUAAUGUUUUAUGAAUUUAUUAUCGCGACGCGUUGUAUAAUGUCAAGAGAAAUUAUUUAUUACAAUAAAUAUCGUAUAAAGUAUAUCAGGUAUUACGAGAGCUCGUGUCCCCCGUCUAUUAGGGGUGCCGGAAAGUCUUAUCGUUUUUACUGUAAAACUUUGCAAUGAAAAUAAUGAAGUAAGCUCUUGAUGAAAGUUCAUAUACACAAUAAAGAAAUGUUGUUAACUAAUCCCGAAUUUAAAUUAAUUUUAGAUUAAAAUGAAGAAAACCCGUACCGUAUAAUCAUGGAAAUUGAAGGCUUUAAAAUACGAAAAGACUUUCCGGUAUCCCUAAUACGUGUAUUAUGACAAACACAUAAUACGACAUAACAAUGAUAAAUCAUAUCGUGGAAAGGUAAAACUGAAAUAAAACGUUAAAUAAUGAUCUACGAAGAAGACUCGAUCGUUUCGAGUAUUGCGAAAAGAGACAAGAAAAAGAAGGAAAAGACGAGAAUCGCCUCAGCACGUACAACGCGUUUUCCUUUCCCACACGCCGUUCACUUCCUAGAACGAUAACGCCUAUUAGCUUCUCUGCAAAAAGAUGUCAUCGUAAGGUAGAGUGGGAAAGGGAUACAGACAAACGAAUUAUCUCUCUCUCUCUC